AUGGCGCCCGACCAAGGUCCUUUUUCGAGACGAUUUCCAUCCUCUCGAGGAGAGAAUACGAACACGAGUGAAGAUGUUGAGAAAGGACAGACGCCGAGUAGCGAUGAGAGCAAGAAAACCCAGACGACAAACAAUGGAACGACUGUAACAUGGAAAGAACGCAUAACCCAUCUCACAUGGGCAUGGUUCACAUUCCCAAUGUCCACCGGCGGCAUCGCCCUCCUCCUCGCGCAAAACCCCCACCGCUUCCCCGGCCUGACCACCUUGGGUAAAAUCGUCUACAUCCUCGACCUGACCAUCUUCCUCCUCCUCACCACUCUCAUCGCCACCCGCUUCCUCCUGCGCCUGCACACCCUCGUCCUCUCCCUCCUACACCCGACCGAAGCGCUCUUCUUCCCGACCUUCUUCCUCGCCGUCGUCAUCAUCCUCAUCGGCGCGCAGUCCUACGGCGGGCCGGCGACCGGGCCCUGGCUCGCGGAGGCGGAGUGUGUGCUUUUCUGGAUCUACUGUGCGGUGACAUUCUUGGUCGCGGUGGGGAUGUAUUGGACGCUGUUUAGGGCGAGGCCGGGACGGUUGACGUUGCAGAGUAUGACGCCGGGGUGGAUUUUGCCGAUUUUUCCGGUUAUGCUUUGUGGGACGUACUCGGGCGCCAUUGCGCCGUAUCAGUCGACUGAUCAUGCGGAAGCCAUCCUCAUCGCAGGCCUGACGUUUCAAGGGCUGGGCUGUAUGGUCAGCUUCAUGAUGUUCGCCAUCCUCAUGCACCGCCUAAUACAAUACGGUCUCCCCGCCCCCAACCUCCGCCCAGGCCUCUUCAUCGCCGUCGGCCCACCCUCAUUCACAGCCGUCGCCCUCAUAACCAUCACAUCCUCCUUCCCUCCAGACUCCCACUACUUCGCCACGCGGCCGGCAGUCCUCCUGCAAACCCUGCAGUCCCUAGCGGACUUCAUCGCCGUCUCCCUGUGGUGUCUCGCUUUCUGGUUCUUCUGCGUCGCCCUCCUCUCCAACCUCCACGGAAUCCGGAAAAUGACCUUCCAUCUCAUCUGGUACGCUCUCAUCUUCCCGAACGUGGGCUUCACGCUCGCGACGAUCCAGAUCGGACGGGCGCUGGAUAGUCCAGGGAUUCUCUGGGUGACUAGCGCGAUGACGAUUGUGUUGGUUGUGGUUUGGUUGGGGGUUAUGGGGAUGCAUGUUGAGGCUGUGGUUAGGAGGAGGAUUUUGAUGCCGGGUGUGGAUGAGGAUAAGGAUGAGUAUAGGGAGGAUGAUCGGAAGCAUGAUAUUCCUGUGCCGCCGAGUCGGCCGCAUUCGCCUCAUGGGGGUGUGAGGAGGAUUUCGACUAGAUAG